AUGAAUGACAUCUACAGCAAAAUACAGCUUAAUGAUCUCUGUACCUCGCUGGCUAUGAUCUUGGACCUUCAAAGUGCCAAGCUGGAUGAUCCUGGCAUUGGCCUUGGUGAAGAUGCUCUUCAACAUCUUCGAAAUCCUCCCCAAUACACUCUGUCAUUACAUGAUCCCAUCACAAGGGCUGCCAUCAAGACAUAUAUCAACCUUACACACUCAGAUCAUGACUACGAGUCACAGGGCGAAACUAUCAUGGAGCUCAUGGGCAAGGACUUUCCCUCUCUUUAUCUUAUUGAAAAACUCGUUGCUGAACUGAGCAGGGUUGAGUCCUUGAUGCACAAUAUGUGUAUUGACUCUUGUUACACAUUCAUAGGUCCCUUCGCAAACUGCGACAACUGCCCAGGGUGUGGCAAGCCACGCUACAAAGAUGGACCCAGGAAAGAACCUCAGUGCCAAUUUCCAACAAUUCCCAUUGGACCGCAGAUUCAAGCUCUCAUUUGUGACCCAAAAAGUGCCGAGGAGAUGUGGUAUCAUGACCUCUACACCCAGAACAUAUUCACGGAGCUC